GGGUCAGGCUAUCAUGAUUAGCAGUUUCCAUUAGAUUCACAAGUAGAUGGUAAAGAGAGAGAAUUCUUCACAAGCAACAGGGUGCUGUUCAAAUAAGUAGGGCGGGCGUGCUGGACACAAAAACUGUCAAUGUCCAGUGUAUACAUGAUUUAUGUUUUCUACUCUUCACUUUUCUGAUUAUUUUCUCCUUACCACUGUGAUUUCCAGGGCAUCAUCCCUCUCCAGACCUAGAAUUCCACUUUCCAAUUACUUUCUUGAUGCAUCUCAAAGACUGUCUGUGAAAUGGCAAAGUGCAAUAAUUUAUCACUAUUUAUUCAAGGCAAACUUGUCUUACAGAGUUUUUGUAGGAAGAAAGAAGGAAAAGCCCAGUUUGAUGCUGGGAGUGGUAAAAUGAUAAAGUAGGUUUGGGUGGGGUUUAUGAGAGCAUAAUGAGGAAACACCUUGGUUUUGUAAUGAAGACUGGAUCUACCAGUGACUAGCUGAAUAACCUUCUGUAAUUCCUUUCUCUUCUUGGGCCUCAUAGUAUUUCAAAACAUGAAUAAUUUGGUUGUAAUGUUACCUGACAAGUGAGCCAGCACUUCUACUCUGUGAGAAAGUAGGAAACCUCUUGGGAUGAUCAGAGGUGAUAUGAAGUAAUGUCUAUUAGGUCUCCCUGUGAAUAAUCCCUGCGGAAAGCCCCCAAGUCCCUCCCAGAAUAGGGUGGAUAUUUCCCAAAGCAGCUAAGGAAAUGUCCCUUGUAAAUACCACAGACCCGCCCCUGGAGCCAGGCCAAGCUGGACUGCAUAAAGAUUGGUAUGGCCUUAGCUCUUAGCCAAACACCUUCCUGACACCAUGAGGGCCAGCAGCUUCUUGAUCGCCGUGGUGCUCCUCAUCGCUGGGAUGUUGGUUGUAGAGGCAGCUGUCAUGGGAGUUCCUGUUAAAGGUCAAGACACUGUCAAAGGUCAUGUUCUGGCCAAUGGACAAGAUCCUGUUAAAGGACAAGUUUCAGUUAAAGGUCAAGAUAGAGUCAAAGGGCAAGGGCCAGUCAAAGUUCAAGCCUCCACUAAGUCUGGCUCCUGCCCCAAGAUCUUGAUCCAGUGUGCCAUGUUGAAUCCCCCUAACCGCUGCUUGAAAGAUACUGACUGCCCAGGAAUCAAGAAGUGCUGCGAAGGCUCUUGCGGGAUGGCCUGUUUGGAUCCCCAGUGAGAUGGAGCCUGUCCUUGCUGCACCUGUGCCAUCCCCAGAGCUGCAGUGCCCAUCUGGUCCUAGGUCCCUGCCACCCUAUUCCUUCCCACACUGCCCAUUCUUCCUCCCACUCAGGAUGCCCAAGCCUGGAGCUGCCUCUCUCAUCCACUUUCCAAUAAAGAGUCCUUUCUGCUCCA